AUGCAAAGCUCAACAGUACGUGACAAUGAAAGCUACAAUCCAUAUAUGAAGAUGCCUUUGGGGAUCGAAAAACAUGCUUCAAUUGUCUACACCAUUACUAUUUUCUAUCAAGUUCAGGAAGAAAUAUGUGCCUCCUGUUUCAAAUGUAUGGUGUUGAGAGUUAGAGAAGAUGGUGGAAUGUUACACUAUGAUAUUAUGGAUGGAAAGAAUAAAAUAUUUAGUGUGGUGCACAAUGUAAAUGACCAUGAGGCCACAUGCAGUUGCAAGAUAUUUGAGAUGGUUGGACUGUUCUGUAGACACAUAUUUGUGGUCUUUAGAGACCUUGAAAAGAUACCUCUGAAGUAUGUGGUUAAUCGGUGGCCUAAGGAUGCAUCUUUAAAGGCUACAUUUGAAAUAGAUGGUGUCAUUUAUGAUCAGAAUGGACCAAAGGAUGAAAAGAAGAUGUUGUAG